AUGACGGCAGCGAUGCCUCGCAGAGCACUGCUGUGCUGCCUCAGCCUGGCGGCCGCACAGCAGCGGCGCGAGCUAAAAGCCAAGGCCUGGUUCGGCAAGAGCAACAACAGAAAAGAAAGCGUUCCAUUGGAGCAGCACGACGGCGCCGACGCGAGCGAACCGUGGCUCGUACACGACGUUGCCGCAACCAAACAAACGGCAAUAACCCACGACCGCUUCCACGGCCUGUACCCCUGCCAGAUCGGCACGCCCUGCCCGUCCUACUCCGCCGCGUUCCUCGCGUCGCGGCUGCAGGUCGUCGACAACGCCGUGACGCCGAAUCGCAUGAGGCGCAGGAACACGAACAUGGAGUCCGCGUCGUAUCACAUGAUGGGUCAUAGGGGAGCGUACGACGUGUGGCGGACGGUCGACGCGUUUGAUUAUGCCGUGGAACACCUGUCGAUGUACGAGCGGAUGAUGCAUGCCUCUAAGUCCGGUAAGGACAAGGGCUCGGCGCUGGGGGAUGUCUUGUAUGGGACCUUCGUCGACAACCUCGCGAAAUACGAGAAACGCCUCAAAGAACGAUGUGGAGGGGACGACCCGGCGUUGAGGCGUCAGAAGCGGUUCACCGAUGCCGAAAGAACGGUCGGCGUCAUGCCUUUUUAUGCGGCGGGCAAGGCCGGCCACGACGGUCAUGCUGAUAUUGAUCCGAUGCACGGGCUUGGGAGCGGGCAUACGCGUUAUGAAUCGAAAGCGUUGUAUCUCAACAUCACGAUACGGUCGAUAAGAUGCCACUUCGGGGCCGUCGCGGUCAGUGCCUUGGACCCGCGGGAUCGCGCUUACCUCGAGAAAGGUGUCGGAUUGCCGAUCAUUGACGACGUGCUGUGGGUGGACCAUCUGCCUGUGAAUAAGCCGUCCUUCCUAGGAGUCGCGACGAUCCGAGAGAUCCAGCGGCGGUGGACGAACGAAUCGACGGCUUUGUGGCGAUCUUUGGAUUUUGUGCACUACACGGAAGCUGAUCAAAUUUUACAUAUACGUCCUAGACAUAGGCACAAGCUCUACCAAGUCCUGAAAAGCAGUGAGAAGGGCGGGGCCUGGAAGGGCGGCAAGAUGUCCAUCUUGACGCCUCAUAGACUGAACGCCAUACCACGAGCGCAGGACGUGGACUUUCUGCGGAAAGCUUUUGAUCCCCCGGCCUAUGGAAAUAACUUACCAGAAGACGUCUCGGAGGAAGUUUUGAGAGAUUUGGAGUCCCAGGCGGCCGUGGUGCGGAAGGAGGAGUAUCAGCUACCAUCUGCAUAUGAGCCUCGACGGGACCCCUGGCACUUGCUGGUCUUCGGGACCCAGCGGGGCGCGUGGGUGCGACGGGAGCUCGAUGGAUAUGGGGCUAAAAAAACUUUAGAGUUGGACGACGAGUUGCGGUACGGGUCGUGUUGCUAUCUGCGCAAGGGCGAGACGUCGUACCCUUAUGAUGAAAGGGGUAAAAGGGGAGGCACGCGCGUCGACGAUUCGACGGCCGGUACUUAUCUCACGAAUCAGUGGUCGAAUGAGGACGUCGAUAGACCUUCACCGGUGGAAGUUGUUAAAAUAGGGGACCACGCCCUCGGCAUCCUCGCCGGUUUGUGCUGCCACAUCUGCGCGCGGCGCGGGCGGCUGGGGCGGCACUGCGACAACUACUGCGCGCCGGCGGCGCCGGGUUUUGAAGAUUGUGCGGUGGGGGAGUACGCCGAUUAA